CUUGAUACUCUAGUAAUUUUUAACAACUCUCUUGAUAUAUAAAAUCUUUCAAAUUAGGGUCAUUGUGGUUUAAAAAUAAAGCAAGUGGCAUUGUUUAGCUUUUAUUAAAAAAAGAUGAAUCAAAUAUCGUGUAUAUUGAUGGCGGUGCUGGCUUUGUGUUACGUUAUUCAUUGUAAGGAUUUAAGAUCUGACGAUAAUACUUUAUGCUCCGAAAUAGAUUGUCUGAAUACAAAGGAUAUAGUACGAAGUAAAAGAGAUGCUGCAAGUAUCAUUGGUUCAGUUGGAAAUCUGGUGACGGGUAUUUUGGAUUCAAAUUGGAGAGGAAUUGAAAAGGUCCAAAGGCAAAAAAGGAAAAAGAAUGUUUUUAUUGGCCCGGGGAAAAACAACAGGAACAAAAUCUAUAUAAACAGAAGAUACAAUUAUAAUUAAGUGUAACUUAUAUUAUCACGAACUGCUAAGUGUCAAAAUCACAUAACCACAUAUAUACAUGUAAACCUAUAACUAUAUAACCUAUUUGGACAGAAAAAUUAUUCUGAAAUACCGAGAAUGUCUAGAUACUAGUUUAUAAGAAGUAAUUAAUAUAUUAAAUAA